CGUCAAAGUAGUAUCAAUUUGAUAGGGUUUGUUUGUUUUGGUUUUUAUGUGUUUCGUUUGUGAUCUGAAGAUUAGUAAGAAAUAUUACAAGAUUGUUUGAAUAAACCUAAAAUGGGAUUGUGCAAAUCAUGUUUGAAAGGUUCGAGUUCAGAUUACACAACCCCUGACAUGGAAACCAGAAGGAGGCAGCAAGUGGAAGCUGUGGAGAAGCGAUUAAAAGAGCAAGAAAACCGCGGGAUAAAAGAUCCUGAAAAAGUUAGACGUAUGCAAGAAAGGUCUAAUGAACUGGAAAGGUUGGAACGUGAAGCUGCACGGUCUAACCAAGAGUCAGGAUUAAAGUGGCAAAUGAAUUGAAAAGCUGUUAAUCACCAAGAUUGCCUACGUCUACGUCAUCACUAUUUACUUGAAGAAUCUCUGUGUCAAUUCACCCAGCGUCUCAACCAAUGUACCGUGUUCACUUUGAUACAGCUAUUUAUAUGUGAAAAUGCUUUACAGCAAAAAUAUUUAUACACCGGUUAUGCUGGAAUAUUUUGUUAAUUUUAUAAGUUUUUGUAGAUUUUACACUAAGUCAUAAAUUGUUUUUUAAGUUUUGUUGGAUAAUUUAUUAAAAUAUGUGUGUUUGUUAA